AUGGACAACAAGGUCUCCGAAUGGAAGCGUCGUAGUUCACGACCUGGGGCCCCUGAUCCGCUUCCCGUGGAGCGGGACCCCGCGGCCGGGACCAAACCCUUCCGCUUUGCGGCGCGUCGAGUGCGCUUCCCGCGGGAACACGAGUUCUUCGAGGACGGGGACGUGCAGCGGCACCUCUACCUCCAGGACGUGUUCACACAGGUGGCCGAGGCGCCCGAGCGGCCCAGGGUGCCGGAGUUCACCUGUCAGGUGGCGGGCUGCUGCCAGGUGUUUGAAGUCCUGGAGGAUUAUGAGCAUCAUUACCACACUCUGCACAGAAACGUGUGCUCCUUUUGCAAGCGGGCCUUCCCUUCAGGACACCUGCUGGACAUCCACAUCCUGGAGUGGCAUGACUCCUUGUUCCAGAUCCUGUCGGAGAGGCAGGACAUGUAUCAGUGCUUGGUAGAAGGCUGCGCAGAGAAGUUCAAGACCAGCAAAGACAGGAAGGAUCACCUGGUGAGACGUCACCUCUACCCUGCGGACUUCCGGUUUGAUAAGCCGAAGAAAAGCAGAGGCCCAGCCACGCCCACAGCCGCCCUGCAGCUGUCCACCCUGCCAGUGUCAGCAGAAGCCCUGGGGGCGCAUGGGGAGCAGUUGGAAGGGGACCCCAUGGAAGUCUGCUCUGAACACGCAGCGCCCCCUGCAGAGCUCACGGGCGAGAGGCGGACCUACAGUCACAGGUGCGUCGCGCGGAUUUAAAAGCACCAAGAAAAGAAAUAAACACCAGUGACCGCUGCGACAGGCCUGCAGGCCUGCGGGAGCCUCCAGGGCAGGACCAGGAGCCUUCUACGGACGUGUCAUUGGCGAGCUGUGUUCUCACCUCCUGCUGUGGCCACCAGGACCAGGCCUCUGCCACCCUCACCUCUCUCCCUUGGGGAGUGGCCGGCCGUUGCCCCUGGGGUCUCAGCGAUGGGAGAUGCCGGAACUCCAGAAUGACCUGACACGUGCUCCGGGCCUGAGAUCGGGAACCGGCCUUCCCCUGUGUGGCCAUCUGCCAGCGUGCUCUGUGGACACCUGACACAGACGCAGCUUGUUGGCCUCUCUGGCCGCUGGUCCUCUGUUGAACUGGACGGGGGUCAAGUGGGGAUGCCGCGGGAAUGCUGUGUUUUCUGCGUUGUCUUCACAGAGGUUUGCGGAGUCUUGGUGCCUCCAGUGGGCAGCUGGCGGGAUACUAUCAUCGAAGGCUCAGGGCCUUUCAAGAGAUUCUGGGUCACUCUCCCGCCCCCUGACUCUGAGCAUACCCCUCGAGGCGGUGAGGCCAGAGAAGGCUGACUCACGGGCGCCUGGGCAGGGUGGUCAGUUCUGGAAAGGGAUCUCCAGCCGGCGGCCUCCCCGAGGAAGGACCGCGGGGGUGGAGGGAAGGGGCCCACGCAGGGGCAUGAGCGCCCACUGGCAUCUCCCCACAGGGCCGGGAAGCUGGUCCUGCAGUCCCCCCGUCAAGAUCACAGGUGGCCAAAGAGCAGGCACAGGUGCUCGUGGAAAAAAAAAACCCUGGCAUACAGGUCCCGGCACAUGGACGAGCAGACCUGACGAGCACUUCCCUAGGUCGGGCAGGUGGCAGCCUCAGCUGGGGUGUGGCCAGGCCGCCCCAGGUCCGUUGUCAGGGCUGCUUCUCAGGUGAUGAACUCUUUAUUAGCUGUUUCAAAGGUAUUGUUAAAUUUCAAUUUUUAAUUUCAGUAAAUUAUGAUCUUUAAUUCUGUAAGUUCUAUGUUUUUUCUAAUUUGCUGGAUCUUUGUAGCUUGCGUUCAUCACGUUUGCAACCCAUUUUAUUUUUUAAGCAUAUUAACUUAUAUUCUCUAAUUAAUAAUAUCAAUACCUGAAGACUCAGUAGGUCUGAUUCUUCAGUCCGUUCUUUCUGCUGACUCAUUCGUGAUGGGUUGUUUCCUGGUGAAUUUAUGAUUUUUUGGCUGUGAGUUUAUAUUUCUUGGAACUUUACCUCCAAAUUUUCCUGGCAAGUCCAGAUUCUUCCAGAAAAUAUUGGUAUUUGCUUCUGCCCUGUGAUUGGGGGUACUCCCAACCUAGGUUUAAAAUAAACCAUUAGGUGUGAA